AUGAUAAAUAUGGACAAAAAGAAAGAGGUUAAGUAUACAUACGUAGCAUACAUGGUGCGAAUGGCGAGAAGUUGUCCAACUAGGGAGGAUGGAUGCACCAGAGAUUCGGCGGGGCGGCGGAUUGGAAGAAACGAGGGAAACAUGAGGACCGCAGGUUUGCAAAAAAAAAAUGCCAUGCAUGAAUGCUCCGAGUUUUUGGCAAUCAUGAAAAAGCUUUGGGAAUGA